AAAGUUAUUUCUGCUAUGGAUCUUUCGACGGCAUAUCGAUAUAAUCAAAAUAUGAUGGAAUAUUACACAUGUCACGGUGGAGUUAAUCAGCUGGGAGGUGUUUUUGUUAAUGGUCGACCUUUACCCGAUGUUGUGCGCCAAAGAAUUGUAGAACUGGCCCACAACGGAGUGCGACCCUGUGACAUAUCUCGCCAGUUGAGAGUAAGCCAUGGAUGCGUCUCUAAAAUUUUAUCAAGAUAUUAUGAAACUGGAAGCUUUAAAGCCGGAGUCAGGGGUUCCAAGCCAAAAGUAGCCACCCCUCCAGUGGUCGAUGCGAUAGCCAACUAUAAGCGAGAAAAUCCAACAAUGUUCGCUUGGGAGAUUCGUGAUCGAUUGCUCGCUGAAGGAAUAUGCUCGCAGGACAACGUUCCAAGUGUUUCUUCUAUUAACAGGAUCGUUCGAAACAAAGCUGCAGAAAAAGCAAAGCAUGUCCAUCAUCAUCAACAACAACAAAUGCCACAAAGUCUUAGCAGUAACCACAACGCAAGUGAAAGCCUCGACAGCAGCACAGAAGCGGCAAGUGAGCAGCAGGCGUCGCUGACAGCUGGCGUCACAACUGCCCGCAGCAAUUCCAGUAUCAUCAUUAACAACAACAACAACAACAACAACAACAAUAACAGCAAUAGUAAUAACAACAACAUUGCAGCAUCAGUUAUCGCUCAAACGACAUCUGCCACAGGUUCUAGUACGAUAUCAAUACCGGGCCCUGUCUCUAACCAAGAAAUAGUUAACAACAGCAGUCGGAAUUCCAAUGUAAAUACCUCCAAUUCCACGAGCGAACAAGUAGCUGAACAGCGCUCAUCUGGUUCCGGUUCUGGGUCUGUAUAUAGCAUAAAUGGCAUACUAGGUCUACAGCAUGCACACCCUCUGCAAAGCGCCAAUAACAACAAUACCGCUAACAACCUAUCGGAUCCAAAUGGCAAACGAAAAAGAAUCGAAGGACAUGAUGAAAAUCGUGAUGUAAAUAUGCAUGUUGAGGAGGAUGUGAAGCGGCAGAGGUUCGCUUACGGUGGAGACCAUAUAUAUCAAAACAUAUGGUCUGGCAAAUGGUGCAUCAAAGAUGAGCACAAAUUGCUCUCCGAACUGGGCAAUUUAACAACUAACAGCAGCAACGGCGUGCCUACUUAUUAUGAGGCGCCACCUAAUGCGUUUUCCUCCAACUCAAUCUCAUGUGCUAGUGCAAGCGUCGGGAGUACUAUUGGGAAUGAUUCUACAAUGUUAUAUGAUAGUAUUGCAACAAUAUCACAAAGCCAGAGUACUCUAUAUACGCCACCCAUCGGAUCCUCAAUUGCAUGCGGCCCAGUAGUGCCAAGUACAGAUUACACAUAUAAUCCUGCCUAUACACAAUAUGGUGGUGCUUAUGGAUCGUACAGUUAUGGCACUAGUAGUGGAUUAAUCAAUUCAUCAUAUUAUUACGAAUGUGGACAAAAUCAAGCGGGUCUCAAUCAAGAUUUACGCUCGCCUCUUGCGGCAACUAGGGCAAACUCGCUAGCUUCAGCCGCAUCGCCAACUGGCAGUGCAUGCACUAAGUCGGAGACAUCAGACUUAUUUCUUGUAUAGGCCUUGGGAACUGCAACUAAUUCUAUAAGUACAUCAGGGAUAGCAGAUGUUUCACAAAAUUAUACGACACCUACACAUAUAUAGUGUUUUUCGAUAACUUCGAACCGAAAUUUUAAAUAUAGUAUUUAUUUUUAAAUUUCUACCCUCCGAUCUGAUCAAAUACAUUAUUAAUUGUUUACAUCAUCAAUGCUUUUCUCAAUAUCACAAAUACGAAAUCUUGACGAUUUUCUAUGAACUGAACUCAUAACAAAAAUUCUCAUACAAUUAGUUACUUUGCAUUUAAUUUGAUUCAUCAUUGAUUAUUAUGUACAUAUAUAAAAACAUUGCACACUCAACAUCAAAAACACCUAUCAUACUAAUAAUGAUUAUUAAAAUGAAUAAUGUAUUAUUACAAAUAUUUUAAGAAGGGUAUGAAAAGAUAGAAAUACAACAAAUAUACCAAAAAGUCCACUAAAGAUACUUUUAACUAAAAUCACAAAAACAAAAGUGAAAGUUUUCCUAAUCACAAAAGUAAUUGGGGAAUUAAUAAAAAUUUUCUAAUAAGAAAACAUUUGUACAUAGUGAUAGUGUGUGCAAAUUAGUACACUUAUGCUAAUUGUAUUUCUAUGUUAAGAGUAAAAAAGUAAUUAUUAACUAAAAUUUAAAUAAAAUUUAUUUAAUUAUACUUUUUACGAUAUCCAUCUGAAAAUUUGCUUGAAUAUUUCAUUUACGUGGAGAAACAAGAAAAACUCAUGAAUAAAUUAAACACAAUAGAAAUAUCAACGAAAUUGUUUAGAAAACGAAUACAUUUCAAAUACUGAAUUUUUAUUAUUACUUAAUUGAAUUAUUUAUAUAUGGAUAAACUUAGACAACUAUUUAUAUAUUUAUAUUUACUGAUGUAACAAUUUAAUAUAAUACUUCGCCUGUACAUCGAAUUUUAUGUAAUUCGAAUUCCAAUAACGUAUACUCGAUCAUGCAGCCGAUAAUCAAUAAGAAAGCAUAUACCAAAAUCUGUAUAAAUACUACAUAUUUCAUAAUUCGUAAAACCCACACAUGUAAACGAUUAUAUAAUAAAUGUAACAAAUUAAAAA